GUUGAUUUAACAUUUCAGAAACAUUGGGAGACAACCAAAUGAUUCUCAUAUGCACAAAAACUAUUAAAAUUCAUUCUUGUUUUCAGUUUUGUUUAGACACCAAGACGUCAUAGAAAGCCAAAGCUGUGCCAAAUUGACAAAGCCAAUUAUGGUUCACCAGUCAAUUACCCUGACAACAAACAGAAGGUGGACAUGUUGAAUCCGCCUCCUCACAUCCUCUGGCUCUGCGGGCGAGUGUUGCGUAAAGGAGUGGCACAGGAUGCGUUUAAAUAGCUGCACUCACCAACUUUCACGCAUCACAACUUCUUCAGCACUGCACGCUGCAUUUACGCAUCGAUACUUUGCGUUCUGUGAAGAUGCGUUGCGCACUUUCCAAACUGCACAUGCUGCGUUCUUCUGUCCUUGCGCUGUGGAUCGCGACUCUCCAGGGAUUCAGACCUGCGGAUGCUGCCCCUAACCCCUCUCCCCUCCUGGGCUCCAAUUGGGGGAACCCGCGGAGGUACAUCCACCUUCAGACCACUUCGGACUUAAACAACUUCUAUUUAGAGAUCAGCCUGAAUGGACACGUGCGCAAAACUACAAACCGGGGGUCCUACAGUGUCAUUUUAUUGAAAUCAGAGAGCAGAGACCGUCUGGCAAUAUUUGGAGUGAAAAGUAACCGAUUUUUGUGCAUGGAUGCAGGAGGAACUCUUUUCACUUCUACGGUUUGUAAUAAGGAAGACUGUCUUUUUCACCACAAACUUUUGGAAAACCAUCGUGACGUGUAUUACUCCACCAAGCAUGGCAUACUGCUUAACCUGGAUGGGGUGAAACAGGUGUUCAUAGCGGGACAAAACCUCCCCCAGUCGUCUCUCUUCUUAUCCGAGAAGAACAGUGUUCCACUGGAGCGCCUGCAGCACCGGGAGAGGAGGAACCGGCAGGUGAACCCAUCAGACCCGCUGAACGCGCUCCGGAACGGAGAGGCGUCGGACUCCAGAGCUGCUCAGGAGGACGAUGGGGACUUGGACUUUGAGCCGUCAGAGGGUCGAAACAUCUCCAGGGAAAAUCUGGUUUCCCCUUCCGAUGAUGACCCGUGGGAUCUUCUUCACGACACGAGCCCCGGCAGUCCCCGGAUUUCAGCAGUUGUUGGAUAAAGUUACAGAUCCUCCGUGGCUUGACUGU